UUCUCAUCUUCGUAGUAGGACGACAGACUACACACCACCAGGCAGCAGACAAACAGAAGAAGCAGCAGCCGCCAGCCUGGUUUCUGAUCGAUCUUUCUAUCUUUCCUUCUUAGACCUCCAGAUCGAGACGCACAAUACCCAUUAUGUCCAUAUAACAUCGCCAAAAUUACCGCAAAUGCCUCUCACUCUUCAACCUUCUCUAUCUCUUUCUUGUACCACAUUAUCGCCGAUGACUAUGGAAAUUAGUUCUCGUUUCCAUUAGGCUUUUUGGUUUUCUUUUAAGAUUAACAAUUUCAACGCUUAAGCAGAAAGACGCUGUUUCAACUGGUCUCUCACUAUGGAACAGUAUGAGAAAGUUGAGAAGAUUGGAGAAGGAACUUAUGGAGUGGUGUACAAAGCUCGUGACCGACAUACCAAUGAGACCAUCGCUUUGAAAAAGAUUCGUUUGGAGCAGGAAGAUGAGGGUGUUCCUAGCACUGCUAUUCGAGAAAUUUCACUUCUGAAAGAAAUGCAGCAUGGCAACAUUGUCAGAUUACAAGAUGUAGUGCAUAGCGAGAAGCGUCUGUAUUUGGUUUUUGAGUACCUGGACUUGGAUCUGAAGAAGCACAUGGAUUCUUCUCCAGAAUUCGCCAAAGAUCCUCGUCAAGUAAAAAUGUUCCUUUAUCAGAUUCUUCGGGGCAUUGCUUAUUGUCAUUCUCAUAGAGUUCUGCAUCGAGAUCUCAAACCCCAGAAUUUGUUGAUAGAUCGUCGUACAAAUGCUCUAAAGCUUGCAGAUUUUGGAUUGGCUAGGGCAUUUGGUAUUCCUGUGAGGACAUUUACUCAUGAGGUGGUGACACUCUGGUACAGAGCUCCUGAAAUAUUGCUUGGGUCCCGCCAUUACUCUACUCCGGUUGAUGUUUGGUCGGUGGGUUGUAUAUUUGCUGAGAUGGUGAAUCAAAGACCAUUAUUUCCAGGGGACUCCGAGAUUGAUGAAUUGUUCAAGAUAUUCAGAAUCUUGGGUACUCCAAAUGAGGAUACAUGGCCUGGGGUGAGUUCGAUGCCUGAUUUCAAGUCUGCCUUUCCUAAGUGGCCUGCUAAGGACUUGGCAACUGUAGUUCCAAAUCUUGAAUCAGUGGGUGUUGAUCUUCUUUCUAAAAUGCUGUGCUUGGAUCCCAGCAAAAGAAUUACAGCAAGGAGUGCUCUUGAGCAUGAAUACUUCAAAGAUAUUUCAUUUGUACCCUGAUACAUGUGUUCAUCUUUGUGAUAGACAUUGUCUAUAGGUUAAUGUGUGAGACUUGUGUGCUUCCUUGUAAUUUUUUUCCCUCAAUUUCUUGAACAUAGUUCAGAUAAUGCUGAUUUGGUUGUUAGCAGAUAUGUUAGAUUCAACAGGAGUCAGGCUCUCAGUGUCUCUCCCCUCUCUUUCAUCUAUUAAAAUUAAGACAUGAAUUGCGCUUUUGGAGUUGCUUGUAAUUGACAGAUUGAUUGCAUGGAAACAAACUUUUUGUUUGAGAAAUGGAAAGUUAGGCUUGCUUGUAA